UGAAAUAAAUCAUUGUAAACACUUCAAUGUAAAUAGCCUAUAAUCCAAUGAUUAUUCCUAUCUCACCAUUCCUAAAUAAGUAAAAACCAAAACUGGGGACUCGACCUUUACAAGAGUUUCCGGGCACUUCGAAUAAAACGUUGACCAGAGAAGACAAAAGCUCCGCAUUUUUUCUUAGUUUCCUGUAAAACUCAUCGACUCUCUAGCUGUGGAACCGAGCGUUGUCCUCGGCAUCCUCAUCAUCGUCAGCAUCAUCGAAGUCAUCAACGACAUCCUUACCGUCAGCAUCAGCAUCGACAUCCCCUCUUCACCCAUCACCGCAGGCAGCAGUUUCUACGAGCUGAGCCGGCAAUUCGUCAACUCCAAUCAUCCACACAAGGCCACAGCAAGCAAGCUCCGCUACUUAGCUGUCACCUUUUCAUGGUCCAUCUCGCAAACAUCGAAUCAUCGCCCUAUUCCAAAAAAGAUGUACAAGUGCCGCAUGUGCCACAAAGGUCAUCCUUUGCGCGUAUGCGCUAAAUUCAUCAAGCUGAGCAUCCUGGAACGCCGUCGCGCCGCACGAAGAAUGGGCUACUGCUCAAAUUGCCUGGCCACCACACAUCGCGUGCAUCAAUGCGAUUCCAAAGAGGUGUGUCACAAGUGUGGAGACCUGCAUCACACUUUGCUGCACCACGGCUACACCACCACGGAAGCUCCAGAAGCAUCAAAGAAGGAAGGACAUCAACCGCGCAGCCCACGAAAGGACAGCUCUUCACCAAGCAUCAACCGACCCGUUCGAGCGAGUCGUUCCAAAACAAGGAACACUUCCGAACGCCGCCCUCCGAGACGCAGUAUCUCACCAUCUCAGACGCUUCACCAGCUGCAGGAAGCCAUCAAAAGCCUAACCAAGCUUAAAACCGCCAUCCGGCAGGGGGGGCGGCAUGUUAGCGCACGCUAACCCUUGAAAUAAAUCAUUGUAAACACUUCAAUGUAAAUAGCCUAUAAUCCAAUGAUUAUUCCUAUCUCACCAUUCCUAAAUAAGUAAAAACCAAAACUGGGGACUCGACCUUUACAAGAGUUUCCGGGCACUUCGAAUAAAACGUUGACCAGAGAAGACAAAA